GGUCAUAGCGUUGUUGUAUCAUUGGCUUCAAGUGCAUAUCUGAUAGGAUAUCAUUCAGAGCUUCAUCGAACUGGGUUUUGCCUGCCUGGUCUUUCAGCUAUGUCUGCGUCAUCGUCGAGUUCGAGUGGAGAAGGAGGUGGGAAUCGUGACCCCAGCGAGCAGCAACGUCCGCAGCGCCUGUUCGAUGCUAACUCGGAUUCGGAUGCCUCUGGUGAUGACCGCGUUGCUAUGGAUAGCGAAAGCAGCAAUAGGAGCGGUUGUUUGAAACCUGAUCGCGCUAGAGACAAGCAGCCAGGAUCAAGUAGAGGUCGAGCACCACAGCAGGUGACGUGGUCGUUCGCAGCGAAACCCGCUCCACCUCAUUCACAGCCGCCAGCAAACGUGAAGCAACACAGCUCAGGCCCUUCUGUGGGCCGUAAGUCGUCGUUGGCCGGGCAUGGUUCUGCGUCAUCGUCUGGCCAUACGAGUCCAUCAGAGUCGCCAGCACGUUCCGUGACCGGUGGUUCAUCGUGUGGUGAAAGUGAGCGUUCAUUGACCACACCUCCACUUCCGCCAGCGCUCAAGCAUAAUCCAUCAACUAGUGGAGGACGUAAGGAACAAUCCGGUUAUCGUGGUCAACGCUCAAUGUCGCUCGGCGGUCCUGCACAUGAAUCGCUAAUGUCACAAUUGGCAGCUCGACAAAGUACAACCACUACGACUAUAGAUCUAUCACCUGGUGAAAAGCAACAGAACAAAGUAUGCCUGGCAUGCGACGAUAUGCGUUUCUUGAUAGAUCAAAAGCUGCUCACAGCACAUCCAGACACUAUGCUUGGCAGAAUGUUUGCGAUGCGCGAUGCCAGAGGCGCUGGAGCCGAAAUGGUCACGCCAAAUGAGAGGAAUGAGUUUGUGGUUGCUGAUGGAACCACGGCAGCUUGUUUCCGUGUGGUCCUAGAAUAUUAUCUACAUGGCCAAAUGCGCUGUCCACCGACGAUUUCAGUGGCUGAGCUUCGUGAUGCUUGUGACUAUUUGCUGAUACCGUUCAAUGCUAGUACUGUUAAAUGCCAAAAUCUGCAUGCUUUACUUCAUGAAUUGUCAAAUGAAGGUGCCAGAGAGCAAUUUUCCAAUUUCCUCGAAGAAAUAAUUCUCCCACAACUCGUUGCCAGCACUGAGCAUGGCGAAAGAGAAUGCCAUAUCGUGGUGCUACUUGAUGAAGACGUUGUCGAUUGGGAUGACGAAUAUCCACCUCAAAUGGGCGAGGAAACCACACAUGUUGUUUAUAGCACACAUUUAUAUAAGUUCUUCAAAUAUGCUGAGAAUCGUGAUUGCGCGAAGCAGGUAUUAAAAUCACGGGGUCUGAAGAAAAUUCGCCUUGGCAUGGAGGGAUAUCCAACGCAUAAGGAGAAAGUGAAGAAGCGGUUUAACAAGGCUGAAGUGAUUUACAACUAUGUCCAACGACCGUUUGUUCAUUGUUCAUGGGAGAAAGAAGAAGCGCGGAGUCGACAUGUCGAUUUUGCUUGCCCAAUAGUGAAGUCGAAGUCGAAUCCGAGCCUUGCCGCCGCUGCAUCGGAUCCACUGCCACAACCUGCUCCUUUACAUCAACAACGCGAUCACAACUUGCUAGGGGUAAAUAUUCAUCAAAAUCAGCACGUACAACCACUUCAUUCGCCUCCCGUAAAUUUUCAUCGAGAUCGAGGCGAACUCGACGGAAGAGACGAUGAGUGAUGGACGAGUUCUGCUGCCUAAUGUCGCUUCAAGUGUACGAGUUGUGGCGAAGUUUACACUGCUUGAUGUAUUAAAUUGCACCAUGAACACUUUUCUAAAAGCCUUCUUAUAAACCACAAUCCAAUCGCUCUUCAUCUUCGUCGAUAACACUGAACGGCUGUCAGUGGGAGUGGGACACCUCCGCCCACCUGCGACAACUCGUCCAGUGCUGAGCGUACAAUCUGCUUGCUCCUUUUAUAAAAUCCAUAUCUUGUUAUGGAAUCUGUAAACUCUAUGACAACCCACCAAUUCGCCUAAAUCCGUGCAUGUGCUUUGUGUAUAUAUGAAUGUUGGCCUUGUAUCUGUCGAUUAUUGAUUUUUGCUUUGUCACAAUUGUCUGUUAUAAGAGUUUUAACUAAGAAUCCCAAUAUCAACUUUUCUUCCGCUUCUCCAAUAACAUUAGCGAUCGAUCAGUAUUGUUUCAGUCUUCUCUAUAAAACGCCGGCUUAUUUUUACAAAUGUGCAGAAGAUUUCCCCAUAUUGGGUAGGUGUGCUCCAGACACACCAAUUGGAAUAUCGUCAUUGUAGGAAUUUGGUAGCUACAACACUCUGCCACCAAUCAAUCUUUCACGGUAUUUCGCUGUUUUGUGUGUGUGAUUUUGCGUCUGGGUUACAUCCUUGGAAUGACGUGCUGUCCGCCUUCCAUCCACUGGUUAUUGCAUUAUUACGUCACAUAUUCUAUCAUUGCUCUGUAACUAUAUUAUCCUACUGACUACACAUAAUAAAUAUGAUAUUCUGC